AUGUUCCGCGCAGCAUCACGGCGCACGAGCGUGCAUGCCGCAAAACUUCUACAACAGCAACCAAAGAGUCUCGCCCGCUCAAUAUACAUCAACAGUACCGCCCGACCAACACUCCAACCCCGAAUCAACAAUGGCAAACCACUCGCAAGCCCUUACAUCUCCGGUACGCGGCACCUCACGAUCAUGCAGAAAAUCGGCCGCAAAUACCGCGAAGCAUCUAAAGGAAUCUGGCGCAAGAACCCGGUUCUCAUGCCUCUAGCAAUCUUCUCCGUUGUCGGCGGAGCCUUCAUUUUCGCCUACAUCUCCUACGUGGAAUUGACACGGGUCGGGCCACAGUACCACAAAUUCCCACCACCGGUGGCCGACGCUCUCCGCACGGCUGUCUAUUACACCGAGAUCGAUCUCAACCCAGCCAAGGCGAUGAAGGCAUACAGAGAGGCGCUGCAUAUAGCACUUGAGAUGGGCAUACACCCAUACUCGGAUGAGAUACUUGGAAUCAAGCUGCAGGUUGCUAUGAUGCUAGAGAAGGCUGGACUUGUGAAGCCGGCGAUUGAUGUGUUGGAGCGAACAAAGAACGAGACUCUGGCCUGGGUGGAUGAAGUCACAGCAGGGAACGCUGCUGCAGCGGCUGAGAAGGUGAAGCAAGCGCAGGCGCAGGUGCAGAAGACCCCGGCCAAUGUCCAGGUUGACACCGAGGCGAUUAAAGAAACCGAGGAGGACCUGAAAGCAAUGGCGCAGUACGAGGCUCGUCAGCGAGAUAAAGCGCUCAAGAAGGUCGUCGGCAUUGCGAUGAAGCUUGGCGAACUCUACUCCAGUGAGUAUAUACAGGACGAGAAGAAAGCCGAGGUCGCGCAGGUCGCUGCUGUGGAGAUCUGUCUGAAGGAAAUGCACCGUCGUCAGAAGCUGGGGCUUCCUGUUGGUAGCUCUAGCAGUGGCGAGGGUUCAGACGGCGAGGCAUGGCUGAACCUCACUGAAAUCGCGACUGCGUUGGCUGAGCUUGCCGCUACAUAUACCGCCAAGGAGCGGUAUGAGCUGGCCAUGCCACUGUAUAUGCGUGCGUUGGAUUUGAUCCGCGCCGCUGAAGGAACCUCCAUAUCUUGCAAACAGGUGGUGCUACUGAACGAUGUCGCUACCGCUCUGGUUGGCCAGGUUCAACUGCCCGCCAAGUCUCAACCGCAACAACCUGUUACAGCGGAGCAGACUGUUGAGGCUGCCCAGAAGUGGGCGGAGAAGGCGAUUGAGGUUGCGGCGCACAUUGAACCCCCGAUACGUGACGAGGAGUGUGACAUUACUUGUGUGGUUGCAACAUAUAACCUGGGCGAGCUGGCUGAGCUACAAAAGAAGCCGGCCGUUGCUAAGCAGCGGUAUACCGAGGCUAAGGCAUUGGCUGAUGGGAUUGGAUACGAGGAAGGCAGUAUGAUGGCCAAGGAGGCCUUGAAGAGGCUUGGAAAGAAUUAA